AUGACAGCCACCCCAGGUGACACUGUGUUCAGGCUCCUCUUUGUGUCUAAGGUGUGUCUGGGUGUCCUGGGGAACUGUAUCCUCUUCCUGCUGUAUGCAUACAGCUUCUUGUGCAAACCCCGGCUCCGGAAGCCCAUUGCCAUAGUUUUCAUGCACCUGACCCUGGUCAACGCCUUGAGCAUCAUUUUUGAGUCCAUGCCCUUCAUCGUCUCCUCGUUUGGAGUCCUGUGUUUCUGGGAUGAUGCCAUGUGUAAGGCUGUGUUGUUCCUGUUCAGGGUCACCCGGGGACUGUCCACCUGCACUACCACCUUCAUGAGUGCCUUCCAGGCCCUCAACAUCAGCCGCACCCCUGCCCAGUGGGCUUGGCUGAAAAGCCGAUCCUCCACGUGCAUCCUCCCCUCACUGCUCUCCUUCUGGAUCUUCAGUUCCAUCAUGUAUUUCCACAUGAUUGAAUCUGUGCAAUCCAAUUGCAAUUCAACCGUCAUGAGACUGGGAUUUUCUCAUCCCUACUGUCAAGUGAAGUUUGGAAUGGACAACCAAAUGUCCCUUAUCAGCUCCAUUGUGCUGCGAGAUACUCUGUUCUUGGUCCUCAUGGUGGCUCCCAGCCUCUACAUGGUGACGCUCCUCUACCGACACCGCCGCAGAGCCCGGCACCUCCACAGUCCCAGUCUUGCCUCCCAGCCGGCACCCGAGAACACAGCCACCCACACCAUCCUGCUGCUGGUCAGCUGCUUCGUGUUCUUCUAUUGCUCCAACAACAUCGUGACUGUGUAUUCCUUCUACACACCGGAGAAAUUGAACAAAUCCAAGGCUGUGCUUGUGAUGUUGUCCUUCAGCUACCCCACCCUCUGCCCAUUCUUGCUCAUGAAGAAUAACAGAAUGGUUUCAAAAUGGUUCACUCACUUAUGUUAUACCAAGAAUGAUCCAUUGUAA